AUGCAGAUCAAACCGCUUCUGACAUCGGCUCUUGUAGCCUUGUCAUUAGGCGCUGAUACCGUUGCCGCGUCUAAACAUGGCCGCUUCGCCCAGUUGUCUCGUGCCCCUAUGGAGAAGGCUAAAAGGGCUGUCCAGGCAACCAUGGACCAUGUGGUUCGAACAACUACCAAAUUCCGCUUUCUGACCAGCAAGUCUAAGCCAUACAAGGUUGAUAGUUUGCCUGAAGUUAACUUUGACAUUGGUGAGAUGUACUCGGGCUUGGUACCAAUUGAAAAAGACGACCCUUCGCGCGCACUGUUCUGGAUCUUCCAACCUACUAUCGGUGCACCUGUUGACGAGAUCACAAUCUGGCUUAAUGGCGGUCCUGGCUGCAGUUCCAUGGAAGGCUUUUUGCAGGAGAAUGGUCGUUUUGUCUGGCCGCCCGGUACCUAUGCUCCUGUCGAGAAUGAGUACUCCUGGGUGAACCUGACCAACAUGCUGUGGGUUGAUCAGCCAGUCGGCACUGGAUUCUCCACCGGCACACCGACAGCUAAAACCGAGGAAGAAAUUGCCCAAGACUUUGUCAAGUUCUUCAAGAACUGGCAAGAGAUUUUUGGAAUCAAGAACUUCAAGAUCUACGUCACCGGCGAGAGUUAUGCUGGUCGCUACGUGCCGUACAUUUCAGCCGCUAUCCUAGAUGAGCAAAACAAAGAGCACUUCGACCUGCACGGUGCCUUGGCCUAUGAUCCCUGCAUUGGUCAAUUCGACUGGGUUCAGCAGGAAGCUCCGGCCGUGCCUCUCGUUCAAGCCAACGCAAACCUAUUCGGCUUCAACGACACUUUCAUGGCUGAGCUCGAUAGACUACAGAAGAAGUGUGGAUACGAGGAGUUCAUCGACAAGUACCUGACCUUCCCCCCACCUGGACAUCAACCACCCAAGUAUUUCAACUACACCGCCGAUGCCGAGUGCGAUCUCUUCGACCUGAUCUAUGAAGAAGCCUUCGCUACCAAUCCAUGCUUUGAUCUAUACGAGAUCCCAACCAUGUGUCCCCUCCUUUGGGACGUGCUAGCAUUCCCCGGUUCCCUCGGAUACCUCCCCGAAGGAGCAGAGGUAUACUUCGACCGUGCAGACGUCAAGAAAGCCCUACACGCCCCGAACAUUACCUGGUCCGAAUGCUCCGACGAAUCCGUAUUCGUCGGCGGCAAUGGCGGCCCCGAGCAAGAAGGUGAUCUCUCUGCGAACCCGAUCGAGAAAGUCUUGCCCCAGGUCAUCGAGGCGACAAACCGCGUGCUUAUCGCCAACGGUGACUUCGACAUGGUUAUCAUCACAAACGGAACCCUUCUUUCUAUCCAGAACAUGACUUGGAACGGUCACAUUGGAUUCCAGAAGAAGCCUGAGACCCCCGUCAACAUUAAAUUAACGGAUCUGCAGUACGCGAGUGUCUUUGCUGAGAAUGGCAUGACUGGUCUUGAUGGUGCUCAGGGUAUUAUGGGUAUUCAACACCAUGAGCGUGGGUUGAUGUGGGUUGAGACUUAUCAGUCUGGUCAUAUGGAGCCCCAGUACCAGCCUCGCUCGUCUUAUCGUCACCUUCAGUGGCUACUUGGCCAUACCGAGGAGAUCUAG